UCCCCCUGAAAGCAGUCCUGCCUGUGUGCCCUGAGGACCUCCAUCCCAUUGUGGCUCCCCAGCCCCCAGCCACCCCGCCUCCAGCCACCCAGUGCCUGCAUCGAAGAGCUUAUGGGCUGGGCUGGGUCUGAGUGCUUCACCCGCUGUGCUGGUACCCUCCCCAGGUGUACCGCAGCUCUGUGAUUACCCAGUGGAGAGCACUGGACUUGGAUGUGCUGCUCACGCCCAUGCUGGGCCCUGCUAUGGACUUGAAUGCCCCAGGCAAGGCCACAGGGGCCGUCAGCUACACUCUGCUCUACAACUGCCUGGACUUCCCAGCGGGGGUGGUGCCUGUCACCACGGUGACGCUCGAGGAUGAGGCCCGGAUGGAGCAUUGCAGAGGCUACUUUGGAGAUAAGUGGGACAAGGUGCUGUGGAAGGUGAGGUCAUGGGGACUGGCCUGGCCAACUGCAGGUCCCCCUUCUCCUGGACUCACCCAUUCCCUAACUCUAGCUGCAGCGGAGGAAAUAGAUAAGCACAUGUAGGUCUUGCCUGUCUUUUCUUUUCUUUUUAAAUAUGUUUUUAUUGAUUUUUAGAAAUAGAAGAAGGG